UGGUUCCUGGUGUCCUCUGGUCUGUUUCUCAGCCAGACUGAGCCCCAGUCACCCAGAGUCAAACCCUGCUCCUGGAUUCCCCACACGUGGCUUCCGGACUCCCCACUGCCACAUGCAGGGACCGCCUCCCUGGCGAGCGGCCCUGAGCUCCCGGCCAGACCCCUCUAGGGAAGGAUCCUGAGGAGAGCUUUGCUCCCCACUGUGAGGCACCAGGCCUGGGCUCUAGGCCUCAGGGGGAGCCCAGGAAAUGGUCCCCACGGUAACCUGGCCCCACCCAGCGGCAUCUGUGAGGUCACCCGGCCUCUGCCGGCUGGGCGGGAGGAAGCCAGACAUGGAGGCCAUGGCCCAGGGCAGAUCCAGCCUCCCGGAGGUCCUGCGGCAGGUUGCUGGGCUCUGGGUGCUGCUGGUCCAGAACCGCGUGCACCUAUACAGGCUCCUGCUGCUGAAGAUUGCCCUCUUCCGGGGCUGGGUGGGGGGCCUGUCCCGGGAGGCAGGGUCCCCUGCCUGGCACCCACCCACUAGACCCCCCGGAGGUGCUGCCUGUGCCCUAGGCCGGGCUCUGCGGACGGGGCUGGCGCUGUUGCUGUGGGCACCCUGGCUGGCUAGGGCGGCCGGGCUGGGCUGUGCCCAGGCCUUGCUGCUGGCCCUGCGGCACCUUGGUGCCUGUGAGUGGCUGGGCCUGUGUGUGGCUGCCUGGAGGGGCCUGCUCCAGUCCUGUCUGGACAGCCUGAUGCUGGUGGCCUUGCUGUCAUUGCUGCUGGCCUGGAGGCUCUUCUGGAAGGCCCAGCGCUUCCUGGGCUGGCUGCCUUGCCAGGCCCUACUGGGGAGCCUUGUGGUGCUGGAGCUCCCAGUGCUGUUGAGAUGUCUGUGCUGGCAACUGGCCUACCUUGUCACCUGGACCACCUGCUUGGCCUCCCACCUGCUGCAGGCAGCUUUUGAGCACACGACCCGGCUGGCCCGGGCCCAGGAGGCCUCAGGACCCUUAUCCGGGUCCCCGCUCCCUGCAUCUUCCUCCACCCUCGAGGCUUGACCCUUUCUGCAGGAUCCUGGGAGCCCUGGACAAUAAACGUUUCCCAUUUUCCUCUGCUGAAGUAGCUGGGUCCGUGGCCUCAUUGGCUAGCCUCCUGGGGGGCUGGUGGGGUGCUCUGUGUGUGCAUGUGUGUGCUUGCACACAUGCCCAGGGCUGCUCUGGGAAGGAAAUCACUCUCCACAUGCACCUUCCAGGUGCUACAGAGCAACCAUCUGGAUACUACGCACGGUUUGGUUUGAACCUAGCUACGCAGGCAUCUGGCUCGAUUAGCAGCAGCAUUUUGCAGGCAGGAUAAUAGAUCCUCAGAUGAUAGAACUUUCCCAGGGGCACAGAGCAAAUCAAGGGCAGAGGCAGCCCUGGUCUCUAGAUUCAGUGUUUCCCAGAAGCCCUACCUUUGUUGAAGUCCAUGUCCCUGGUUCACCUCUUUGGUGGGGCCCAGGCGUUUAGGGGAGAUGGGCAAUUGGAGACUCUGGCCUCUGGGGGGUGCCAGGCUCUCACAUUUCACAAAUGUAGAAAAUUCUUCUGAGUGGUUACUUCUGAGCUAGGCCUUCUGUAUCCAGGCCAUCCCCUCAUCCACACAUUGCUACUCAUCCAUUGAUCCACCCACUUCCAAACCCAUCCAACCAUCCCUCCAUCCAUCCAUCCAUCCCUCCAUCCAUCCGUCUGUCCAUCCCUCCGUCCAUCCCUCCGUUCAUCCAUCCAUCCAUCCAUCCAUCUAUCCUCACUACCACAACCACCAUCCUGAAGCACUGUCCACCUCCCUAGGAGUGUGGAACUGAGGCAGCAUCUCUGCAGUCUUCCUUACCUGUGAGCCAGGCCAGUGUCCAGCUGGGGAGUGGUGGCAGAUUCCCUCCCCACAGGCCCUUAGAGUGAUUCCACCAGUGAUCUGGCUGGUUUUGUGAGAGCGAGCAUCACCCCUACUCUAGGCCUGAGGGUGGGAGGAUGGAGCGGCCUGGGCAGAGGACUAACGGAGGGAUUGAGUUAGGUGAUACUGAGAAUUUUCCUGUGCUUGUGGCAUUGUGGUCUCAGCUGGCAUUGCUGGUCUGUGACCCGGGCAGGGUCCAGGCUGGCUUCUGGGCUGGAGGCAGACACCUGGAGACCUUUGGAUGUGCUCAGCCUGGGGAGCUGGGACCCUAGAGCAAGGGGGGCCUGGCCCCUCUCAAACUGAGCCGUAGCCCCCAGGAGGAGCCCCAGCUCUGCCCUGCUUCCGUGUGAGCCCAGAGGGGCCCUGUCCUUUCCAUGCAUGUGUAGUGUGAGGUGGGUGGGGCGACCCCUGAUGAGAUUCAGCAGUGGGGACCUCAGUGCCCAGGCUUGCUCCUAAAUGUGCCAAGGGCGGAGGCUUGGGCUGGACCCUCCUGUGUGUGGCCCCAUCACAGGCCCCUUGUGCUAGAUGAUCUGAGACCUCUCCUAGAUCCCCGGCUGUGGGUUGUUGCUGCUUACAUUGCUAGCACCCACCUCCUUUUAUUUGUGCAUUACUGGGGACUGAACCCAGAUCCUUCCUAUUGAACUACAUCCCACCUCUACUUUUUAAAAAUUUUGACACAGGGUUUCACUGUCACUAAACUGUCCAGGCUGGGCUUGAACUUGAGAUUCUCCUGCUUCAGCUUCCCCGAGUGCUGGAAUUAUAGGCAUGCUCAGCCUAGGCCCUUGGCAUCAUAGGCUUUGAUCCCGUGCUCAUGACCUCUUGGCUACCUGACCUGCGCAAGUCACAGUGCUCAUCCCUGGGAACCUCAGUUUCCCCAGCCAUGAACAGGACAUAGUCACAGCACCCAGGGGCACCCAGAGAUGUCGCCAGGUCUGCGGGUGCGUGGUACGCUGGUUCUGGCACGGGGGCCCUUGCUGGGACCCCAGUGGCCUUAGUCUCUCUCCCAGGCUUUCCACCUUUGGGGGGCUGCAGGCCAGGCAGGG